AUGCCGCUCGAGUCGUGCAUGCUUGUGCUCGACAACUCGGAGUACAUGAGGAAUGGUGACUACACACCGACCCGAUUCCAGGCGCAGGCGCAGGCCGUGUCUGCCGUGUUCAGCGCCAAGACGGAUGCGAACCCCGAGUCUGCCGUCGGCCUCAUGACCAUGGCCGGCAAAUCCGGUGACAUCGGACCCGAAGCUCUCCUGCUAACCGCACAGCCCGUCUCUGCUCGUCACGCCGACAAACGACAUUGGCAAGCUUCUUUCGGCUCUGAACAAGGCGGCGAUCGGCGGCGAGGAGCUCGUGAAGCUGGGCAAGAAGCUGCGGAAGAACAACGUGCUGAUCGACAUUGUCACGUUCGGGGACGAGGGUAUGGCGAACGACGAGAGGCGGCAGGCGGCGGCGAGAGCCACCUCGUCUCUGUCCCCGCUGGCCCGCAUCUCCUUAGCGACGUGAUCCAGCAGAGCCCAAUUCUGUACGACGGCGAGCGAGAGGUCGGAGGCGGCGGUGGCGGCGAUGACGACUUUGACGCGAGCAUGGACCCGGAGCUGGCGAUGGCGCUGCGCAUGUCGCUGCAAGAGGCGCAGGAGCGGGAAGCGCGCGAGCGCGGCGGCGCGACGACGAGCAACGACGCGGUCGAGGCGGCCGUCGUUCCGCAGGACGUGCGCGGCGCGCCGAACCCGGAGCAGGGCCACACGGCAGGCUUCACGGCAGGCACGACGGGAGGGCUCACGAACGCCAACGACCCGAGCGCCAAGGCGCCUGGCGACUCGCCCGCAGGCGACGAGGACAUGCUCGACGACGAGGACGAGGACGACGAGGAGGCCAUGCUUGCACGUGCGAUGGCGCUCUCCCGUGGCGAGAACCCGGACGACGUUGACAUGGACGACGACGAGGAUGAGGAGGCCGCCAUCGCCCGCGCCAUCGCGAUGAGUCUCGAGGACCAGGGAAACAAGGACGAGAAGAAGUAG